AGCAGAAGACCCAAGCGUCCCGCCAGGCGCCAGCGUAGCAACUCGCAACCACCCAAACCCACCGGAAACCCGUCCUAAUCCUACACCGGCCGGGUGUCUCACUUUCACCCCGCGGCGAGAUGCUCCCGGCCGCUCUCCUCUCGCCGACGCGCUGCCUGCUCGGCUCCCCUCUCCGCUGCCACGCCCCAACCCAACAACCCGCCGUCUCGCGUGGCCUCCUCCUCCGCGACGCCGGCUCCCCCGUUGUCAAGCGCCUCCCCGCCGGCGACUGGCUCCUCUGGUACCAAUCCGGCGCGCGCUUCGCUCUCUCCACCUCCCCCGACGGCCUGCGCUGGAGCCCGCCCGUCGAACCCGACCCCUUGCUGCCCUCCACGGACUGGUGGGUCUUCGACACCGCCGUCGUACGUCCCGCCGACGUCCUCGUCAUCUCCGGCCCCGACGCAUCAUCCCGCCGCUUCCCGUCCUCCGCCGUGUAUUGGCUCUACUACACCGGCUCCAACGACGUCCGCCUCGCGUCUCCGUCCCCUGCCGCGGACGUCGUCGCGCUGCCCGGCCUUGCCAUUAGCCAGGACGGCCGCCACUGGGCGCGCAUCGAGGGGGACCACCAUACCGGCGCGCUUCUCGGCGUCGGGGAGGAUUACCCUCAAGGGUGGGAGAAACGCUGCGCCGCGGCUCCCAAGGUGGUGCUGCACGCGGACGGGGAUCUCCGGAUGUACUACCACUCGUUUGAUGAAAUGUCGCAGAGAUACGCGAUCGGGGUUGCGAGGUCCAGGGACGGUAUCCGGUGGAUCCGGGUGGGGAAGGUGCUCGAGGGAGGCGGACCAGGGUCGUUCGACGAAGGCGGAGUGCGGCAGGGGCAUGUUGUCCGCGACCGUGCUGCUCGGCGGUACAUCAUGGUGUACGAGGGUUUGGAUAGAGAUGGGCGGAUGAGCAUUGGGAUGGCUGUGUCAGAGGACGGGCUGAAGGGGUGGAGGCGGUGUAGUGAGUUGCCAGUGUUGCACCCAUCGCAGGAAGAUGAUGGGUGGGAUGUCGCUGGGGUUGGCUCCCCAUGCUUGGUGCAAAUGGACGGCGUGUAUGAUUGGAGACUGUAUUACAUGGGCGUAGGGAGGGAUGGCGAGGCUGCAAUUGGGAUGGCGCAUUCAGAGGGUCAGGGUCUUCCGAGGUUUGAGAAGUGUGAUGCUGUUCUCAUGUAAGGUGAGGAGUCUUGUGUAUGUUUCAGCGGAUGCAGAUGUGGAACUUCUCCAUGGCUCCUGAAAAUGCUGAUCAUGAGAAUUUUUGUUAUGUUAAUUUACUUCCUGUCUUGAUUGAUCCUGCUUCAGUGCUUUCUGCUUUGUAACAGCAAUGUAAUUGUACUGAUUUUAUAAUGUUGCUAUCCACGUUAUCUGUCGUCAACAAAUAUACAAAAUAAACACCCCAUGUCAAAGUCCAUUAGAGAAUCAA